AUGUCUUAUAGCUAUUUCCCCAUUACUUUCCAAAGAAAGAUGGAGUACACACAAAACCCUAAUAAAUCUGAGCAAAUAAGAUGGAACUCAGAUGAUAUAGGUGGUCCAACACAAGCUAGAUCCUAUUCUUGUACUUUUUGCAAGAGAGGAUUUUCAAAUGCACAAGCAUUAGGAGGCCACAUGAAUAUCCAUAGAAGAGAUAGAGCCAAGCUCAAACAACAAUCUUCUGAAGAAAACUUGCUUUCUUUGGACAUAUCAAUCAAGAACACAAAUGAUCAUGUUGAUUUGGAAGAGAAUCAUGAAACUCAAAGAGGAAAGUUGGUUACAACAAAAGAACUUCCUCGUAGUUCUUCAUUUGUUGAUAUAAAGGGAAGUGGUGGUGUGACACAUAGGAUUGAAGAGAAUAAAUGUGAUUUGGACCUUGAGCUUAGGUUAGGUUAUGAGCCAAUAGGGUCAUCAUCAUUGAGCACUCGAUCAUUCUUUUGA